GUGGACGGAGCAGGAUGGUUGCAGUCUAGAGCUGGGAAAGGGGUGGGAAUUCAGGGUUGUUAGGGGACUUCAUGGGUAGUUAGUGAUGUUUGUGCCGUAGAGAAAGCCCAGGCGAGGCGAAAGGAAGGAGGCUUUCUAUACAGCAGUUUCUUGAAUCAAGUGAUUUGUGGUCAAAGCAAUCAUCUGGCUUCUCUUCUCUCCAAGUUUCAAAAGAUGGAAGCCUUUAUCAACCGUACUGGACCAGGUGGAGAUUUGGAACUGCAAAACUGCGGAAGUGAACAUUUCCUCUAUUUUGCCUAUGGUAGUAACUUGUUGCGGGAAAGAAUAAUGUUAAGAAACCCUUCUGUGGUUUUCCUUACCAUAGCACAACUACUGGAUUAUAAACUUGCUUUUGGCUCUCAUCAAGGGAAACCAAGUCUUCAGUGGAAAGGAGGUACAGCUACUAUUGUCUAUAGCCCUGGUGAAGAAGUAUGGGGGAUAAUAUGGAAAAUGAAUACUAGCGAUUUAUAUUCUCUGGAUAGACAAGAAGGAGUAGAAAAUGGCAUUUAUAUUCCAAUUGAAGUAACAAUUCAGACUCAGGAUGAGAAAAUAGUUAAAUGUCGUAGUUAUCAGAUGAAUGACUAUGUCCUUGAUCUUCCUUCUCCACAAUAUAAGAAGGUCAUCUGUUUGGGUGCAAAACAGAAUGAAUUGCCAGUGGAUUAUCAAAAGAAAUUAAAUUCUAUAGAGACUAACAACUCUGCAGGACCUGUACCAAUGUUUGAGGAAAUUGAAGCUGCUCUCAAUUCAUCAGGGAAACAAAAUAAUGAAGAUCAAUUUUAGUAUAAUUUGCUUUUACUGUCUUGGCAUCUUGUGUGUCUAUUUCUCUUAUAUUACAAUAGCUUAGAUAUAAUUCAGGGGUGUCAAACUCACGACCUACAGGCCACAUGCGUCACACGCUAGCCAUGCCCAUGCCCGGUUUAGUGAAGGGAAAGAGUCAUGAUACGUCACGUGACAACUCUGUGGCGAUGCAAGUUUGACACCCCUGAUAUAAUUAAUAUCAAAAUAACGGGAGGAUACUAUAUACAUAUACACCAUAAGGUAUAAGAUGAUAUUUGAUUAUUGCUUUCCUUUAUCUUUUUCUGUUUCUGUUUUUCUGCAAUAAAUUGAGACUAGGAAUGAUUUCCAAA